AACUAAUUUGUAACAUAGGAGUCUUCGUGUUCCAGUGAUGGCAAAUUCUUGUGUAUGCAUCCCGUUGUUCACACUUUGUGUUGUUGGCCUUACAGUUUUUGUUCAUGCACAGCAACAAACAGGCUUCAUAAGCAUAGAUUGCGGUGGUCCAGAGAAUUUUCAGUACACAGAUGAUGCCACUAAAAUAAGGUACAGCACAGAUGGAGUCUACAUACAAACGGGGGUUAAUAAGAACAUCUCUUCUGACUAUGGAUACCCAAAUAAUCCCAUUCUGCCAGAACCACUCUCAGAUCUCAGAAGCUUUCCUCAGGGAAAGAGGAACUGUUACAGCUUAACAGCAGGAAGAAAAGGAAGUUUACAUUUGAUUAGGGCUUCCUUCUUGUAUGGCAACUAUGAUGGAGAAAACAAGUUACCAGAGUUUGAUCUCUAUGUUGGUGUCAAUUUCUGGUCAUCAGUGAAAUUUAGAAAUGCUUCGGAGGAAGUUACAAUGGAAAUAAUCAGUAUAGCACAAUCAGGGGUGACAAAUGUUUGUCUUGUGAACAAGGGAGCAGGAACUCCUUUUAUCUCAGGAUUGGAACUGAGACCACUUAAUAGUUCUAUUUAUAGUUCUGAGUUUAAGGAAUCUGCUUCACUGUCACUUUUCAAAAGAUGGGACAUUGGAUCACUAAAUGGAAGUGGAAGAUAUGAAGAUGAUAUUUAUGAUAGAAUUUGGUCCCCCUUUAGUUCCUUAUCUUGGGAUUAUGUCAACACUUCUUCACCAAUAAAUGUCAAUGGCGAUGGCUAUAGAGCACCAUUUGAAGUCAUCAGCACUGCUGCUAGACCAAGGAAUGACAAUGAUGCUUUGGAAUUUUCCUGGACCCCAGAUGAUCCAAAUUUGAAAUUUUAUGUCUACUUGUACUUUGCUGAAGUGGAGAAGCUUAAGAAAACACAACUAAGGAAAUUCAAUAUAUCAUGGAAUGGAUCUCCAUUGUUUGAAUCCAUAGUACCAAGCUACUUGUAUGCAACCACUCUAUCUAAUUCAAAAUCCUUGGUGGCAAAUGAACAUCGAAUUUCUAUACACAAAACAAAAGAUUCAACCCUUCCACCCAUUCUUAAUGCAGUUGAGGUUUAUGUAGUAAGACAGCUAGAUGCACUUGAAACAUUUGAACAAGAUGUUAAUGCAAUGACGACCAUAAAGGAGAGCUAUAAAAUUCAAAGAAAUUGGGUGGGUGAUCCAUGUGAGCCAAAGAACUACUCUUGGGAGGGUUUAAAUUGCAACUAUAGCAUUCAGCUUCCUCCUCGAAUCAUUUCUCUGAAUAUGAGCUCAAGCAGUUUGAUUGGGACAAUAACCUCUGCUAUUUCCAAUCUCUCCUCGUUGGAAUCCUUGGACUUGCAUAACAAUAGCUUAACUGGAUCAGUGCCCGAGUUUUUAGAAGAAUUGAGAUCCCUUAAAUACUUGAAUUUGAAGGGGAACCUACUUUCAGGUACCCUCCCUACCACUCUUGUAGAAAGAUCAAGGGCUGGAUUACUUACAUUGAGCGUGGAUGAUCAAAAUCUCUCUGACUCAGAAGAGAACAAAAAGAGCAAGAAGAAAAUUGUUGUUCCAAUAGUUGCAUCAGUAUCAUCAGUUUUAGUUCUAUUGAUUGUUUUCGUUCUCAUUAGGAAACUUAGAAGAAAUGAACAAUCAGAUGAGGAGAUGAAUAUGCUCAAUAAAGGAGGAAGAACUGUAACAACUAAGAACUGGCAAUAUACAUAUUCAGAGAUCUUAGACAUCACCAACAACUUUGAAAUGGUCAUUGGGAAGGGAGGAUUUGGAACUGUGUACGCUGGUGAGAUGAAAGAUGGCAAACAAGUUGCAGUGAAGAUGCUUUCUCCAUCAUCAUCUCAGGGGCCAAAGGAAUUUCAAACUGAGGCUGAGCUCUUGAUGACUGUUCAUCACAAAAAUUUGGUAUCCUUCAUUGGUUAUUGUGAUGAUGAUAACAAGAUGGCACUCAUAUACGAGUACAUGGUCAAUGGAAACCUAAAAGAUUAUCUCUUACUCUCAGAUAAAGAUACACCUUGCUUGAGUUGGGAAAGGAGACUUCAGAUAGCAAUUGAUGCCGCAGAAGGGUUGGAUUACCUACAUCACGGAUGCAAGCCACCUAUAGUUCACAGGGAUGUGAAAUCAGCCAACAUUCUUUUAAGUCAAGAAUUAGAAGCUAAGAUAGCAGAUUUUGGCCUCUCCAAGGAGUUUAGAAAAGAUAACCAAAAUGCAGAGUCUGCAGUGAUUCAUAAUGAUGCCGGAAACCCAGAUACUGCAGUCGUGGGCACCACAGGGUACCUUGACCCAGAGUACUACAAAUUAAGGACCAUGAAUGAGAAAAGUGACAUUUAUAGCUUUGGAAUCGUUCUACUGGAAUUAAUCACGGGUCGUCCUGCAAUAAUGAAAGGCAACCCAUUAAUGCAUAUACUUGAGUGGAUAAGACCUGAGCUUGAAACAGGAGAUUUGAGUAGAAUUUUAGAUCCAAGGCUCCAAGGAAAAUAUGAUGCAAGUUCUGGGUGGAAGGCUUUAGGAAUAGCAAUGACAUGCACUGCUUCAACUUCCAUUCAGAGACCUAAAAUGUAUCUUGUGUUAGCAGAGCUAAAACAUUGUUUAAACAUGGAGUUGCCUAGUGAUAGUGAAACAUUUGUGGCCCCUAAGCAAUUCUAUGGCGAAUUUUACAGUUCAUCUGAAGCAUAUUCCUUAGAUAGUGGAUCCACCACCUAUCCUUUCCCAAGAUAGUGCAAGUAUACAUUGAUUGUACCAUUAGAAAGUAUUUAACUAAAUUGUAAAAUUUCAUGAAACCACUAGGUUGCUACAAAUAGCACUUCUUUGCCUUAUUUGGUGGGGGAAAAAAUAACAUAUUCCUUUUGU